AUCACAACAUAAGACAUUCACAUCCAACUUGCCACAAAAGAAAUGCUCCCUGCGGGCAAUCAAUCAAUGGCUGACAACGGCGCACACCCGACUGAAGAGGACCCAGCCGCAGCUUUCCUGGCUCAACAGGAGAGUGAGAUAGCGGGGAUAGAAAACGACGGCGAAGGAUUUGGGGCGCUGGAAGGAGCAGACGACGAACAGCCGUCUCAGCCGGAGCCGGAGCCGGACAACUAUGACGGUUUCGAAGAGGAGCCUGCCACAGUGAAUGGCGAUAUGUUUCAGGAGUCCAAUGGCCCAACAGACAACUAUGCAGCCAUUGCACAGGUGGAUAUUCAGAGGCAAGAGCCAGAGAGUUUACGCAAGUGGAGGGAGGAGCAGAAGACACGCCUUGAAGUAUUAGAUUUGGCAUCCAAGACAGCCGAGGCAGAGUGGAAAGAGAAAGCCAAAAAGGAGCUGGAAGACUGGCAUGUACAUCAGAAUGAGCAGAUGGAGAAGAACAAGGCCAACAACAAGAUUGCUGACAAGGCUUUCUACAAACAGCCUAACUCUGAUGUUAUAGGCUUUGUAGCAUCAGAGGAGGCUUUCCUUUCAGAGAGCGAUGGCGACAGCCCAGGGACUGAAUGGGAGAGAGUAGCCCGUCUCUGUGACUUCAAUCCGAAAACCAACAAACAGGCAAAGGAUGUUUCUCGAAUGCGUUCUGUCCUCAUCUCUCUCAAACAGACACCUCUAGUGCGCUAGAGGAGGUCGCAGGGAAAAUUUGGUUUUAGAAACAUUGCCUUUUCAGUUCUAACCUCACGUUCAUCAGAAGUUUGUAUGCCCUUUUCCAUAAAAUUCCUGGUAUGUUUAUAACCUUUGAAAACUUCCCACCUUUGCUGAUGCCUAUUAUUAUUAUUAUUAUUAUUAUUAUAUUGAAAAAUUAUACUUAACCCCACUCUCUCGUGAGAAGGUGGACUGCUCUAUUGUUACGACAUGCUUUGGCUGGUCAGUUUUAUCACUGCUACACUUAAGAAAAUAUUGUUACUAAAGUUAAACAUUUUCCUUCCCCUUUAACUUAUGAAUUGUUUUAGGUCAGUUUUAUUGCAUGCCUCUGCCAAAUUUUUGUUGUUAUACAAAUUUGCAUUUUGGUCGAUUUCAAACCCUUAUUAAGCACUAUUACGUAUUAGAUUGUAACCACUUUUGCCUCUCAUCAAUGUAGACUUCAACACAAAGUGUUUGUUCACAUUUGUUGUAUUAUAUCCCUGAUUACAAUAUUUAACGUAGCUAGAAUGUUUUUCUCUUUCAAAUGCAUAAGCUUGUGGCCUUUUUGAUGUAGCUCUUACUCCAGUUUGAGUAUUCAAUCAGAUGGAUUUCCUCUUUAAUUAGGCAAGAUUUCAGAGAAGAAAAUCAAAACCAAAGAUUUCUCUUAUCUAAAUUUUCAGAGUUCACAUGAUUAACGGUUUGUGCGAUUUCUCAUUUGAAUGAUUUUCUCAGAAGUUUUAUGCACCAUUUCUGUGUUACACCAAUAUGUUGUAGAUUUUUUUAAACACUAAUCAAUAAGGUGUCAAUUUCAAUAGUAAUGUCUGCAAAUUGUUUCACAUGUUGCCUAUUUGGACAUAAUGAAUACUGAAACAAGUGAAUGUUAAAAGGGAACUGGAAAAUAAAAAGUGGAGUGUGAUCACCAAAA